AUGUCAAACAUUCACGGUUUAAACGCCGACGAUGACGACAGACCUCCAAGACAUUCUCAUUCGGGUAGUGAUAGUGCAAAUGAAGACGAGGAUAGGCAAGGAUUCUUUGUUGGGGGAAGUGUUCGGAGUGGUCAACAAGUUCUCGGUCCAAACCGUCGCGAUUUGGAUUCUCAUCUCUUCAAUGCUAUUCAACGUGCCGGAGCUGAACGUUUAACUCCAGAACAAGUUGAAGCACUUGGACGACAACAACAGAGCGGUUCGAAUUCAUCCGGCAGAUUUUCUGGCGGUUUCCGUUUGGGAGGGAAUGGAGUUGAGAGUGGGCCUGUUGGUGGGAAUGUUGCGCCUACUACUGCUGCUGCAACAAAUGCUGGAAAUAACUCGAAUAGACCUCCUCAACAAGUGGUUAGAAUGUAUAUUUGGAGUAAUGGUUUUUCGUUGGAUGAUGGGCCUCUUCGUCAAUUUAGUGAUCCUAAAAAUAUGGCUUUUAUUAAAGCUGUUACUUCCAAGUAA